CAUGUUGCAAUUGCAUUGAUCGGCAGUGGCAGUGGCAGUGGCACCUUCAGCUGAAGAAAGAUACCCCAAUUUUUCCAGACACACACACUCAACUCAACUGUUGAUUUUUGUGUCUUUUUUAUUGGGGACAACAACCUGCGACUGUUUGGAUUAUCCGAGGUCACUCCUUUUUGUAUGGUCGUUGAUGAAAAUGGCUUCGACCUUAUUAUCAAAGAUGCUUUUGGGUCCUCGCUUGGUUCACUCUUCCUCAUUCCUCACUCACCAGCCUCGCGUUCUCUCUUCUUUAUUCACUAAGCGGGUGUAUUGUGUACGAGCUGUCCCAGCCUACACAACCCAAAACUCCAAAACCACUCGUUGGGCUUCGUGUAUGGCUUCUUCCAUAGUUGGUAGAAGGGCUACUUAUUCAACACAAUCUGUAUCUACAAAUGAGCCAGUUGUUUCUGUAGAUUGGCUUUAUGAUAACCUAAAGGAGCCUGAUAUGAAGGUGCUGGAUGCAUCCUGGUACAUGCCAGAUGAGCAGAGGAAUCCAAUUCAAGAAUAUCAGGUUGCUCACAUUCCUGGGGCCCUUUUCUUUGAUGUAGAUGGAAUAGCUGAUCGAACUACAAAUUUGCCACACAUGUUGCCAUCAGAGGAAGCUUUUGCUGCUGCUGUUUCAGCCCUUGGCAUCCAGAACAAAGAUGACGUGGUUGUUUAUGAUGGAAAAGGAUUAUUUAGCGCAGCUCGUGUUUGGUGGAUGUUCCGAGUGUUUGGGCAUGACAGAGUUUGGGUAUUGGAUGGUGGCCUGCCAAGAUGGCGUGCAUCAGGUUAUGAUGUUGAAUCUAGUGCUUCUAGUGAUGCUAUUCUUAAAGCCAGUGCUGCAAGUGAGGCAAUAGAGAAAGUAUAUCAGGGACAAGCAGUUGGCCCAAUUACGUUUCAGACUAAAUUUCAGCCACAUCUUGUUUGGACCCUUGAUCAGGUAAAGAAAAAUAUUGAGGAAAAAACUCACCAACAGCUAGAUGCUCGAUCAAAGCCCAGGUUUGAUGGAGCUGCACCAGAGCCCCGAAAGGGAAUCAGAAGUGGUCAUGUACCUGGAAGCAAGUGCAUUCCUUUUAGCCAGUUAUUAGAUGGUUCGCAGACAUUGUUACCAGCUGCUGAGCUUAAGAAGCGAUUUGAACAAGAAGGCAUCUCUUUGGAAAGCCCAGUCGUGACUUCAUGUGGAACUGGCGUAACUGCUUGCAUUCUUGCAUUGGGUCUUCAUCGUCUUGGAAAGUCUGAUGUUGCAGUUUAUGAUGGAUCUUGGACUGAAUGGGGAGCACAAUCUGAUACACCUGUUGAAACUACACAAACGGAAUCAAGCUAGAUUAUCAUGCCCCAAAAAACAUUUGCAAGACAAGGUGUUAUAUCCAGUUGUCAAACAUUAUGAGCACACCAGAAUUUUUUUGCUCUGCUUCUUUACUUGUUUUGGUCUAAUUGUGAUUGAAUUGGAAUUGUGUUGUGUCAAAUGUUGUUAAUAUUAAAUCCUGUCCUGUGGCUAAUAAAAAUUAAUGAUAGGAUCUACAAGGAUA